AUGCGCUCCCUCCGCAGGCUCAAGUUCAUGAGUUCGCCCAGCCUCGGCGACCCGGGCACGAGGGAGCCGCCGGCCGCGGACGAGCGGGGCGCGCAGCAGCGCCGGGCCCGCGCCAGCGCCGCCUGGAACAGCAUCCACAACGGGGUGAUCGCCGUCUUCCAGCGCAAGGGGCUGCCGGACCAGGAGCUUUUCAGCCUCAACGAAGGUGUCCGGCAGCUGCUGAAGACGGAGCUGGGGUCCUUCUUCACCGAGUACCUGCAGAACCAGCUGCUGACCAAAGGCAUGGUGAUCCUUCGGGACAAGAUCCGCUUCUACGAGGGACAGAAGCUGCUAGACUCUCUGGCGGAGACUUGGGAUUUCUUCUUCAGCGAUGUGCUGCCCACGCUGCAGGCCAUCUUCUACCCCGUGCAGGGCAAGGAGCCUUCCGUGCGCCAGCUGGCGCUGCUGCACUUCCGGAACACCAUCGCGCUCAGCGUGAAGCUGGAGGACGCGCUGGCCCGCGCCCACGCCCGCGUGCCCCCCGCCAUCGUGCAGAUGCUGCUGGUGCUGCAGGGAGUACACGAAUCCAGGGGUGUGACCAAGGACUACCUGCGUCUGGAGACUCUGGUGCAGAAGGUGGUGUCGCCCUAUCUGGGCACCUACGGCCUCUACUCCAGCGAGGGCCCCUUCACACACUCCUGCAUCCUGGAGAAGCACUUCCUGCGCCGCUCCCACUCGGGGGACAUCCUGGCCAAGAACCCCGUGGUGCGCUCCAAGAGCUACAACACCCCGCUGCUGAACCCCGUGGCGGAGCACGAGGCGGAGGGCGCGGCGGCCAGCGGCACGGGCAUCCGCAGGCACUCGGUGUCCGAGAUGACGUCCUGCCCCGAGGCCCCGGGCCUCGCUGAUGCCCCGGGCCAGGGCACCCCUGGGGCCUGCCCAUCGGGGCCCUGCCCCAGCAGACUGUGUCCCCCCGCCCAGCCCCCCGCGCCCAGCCCGGGCGCCGCCCACGGCCCCCUGCUCUCCUGCAGCCCCGAGAACCUGGUGGACCAGGCGCUGGAGUCUGCGGACUCGGACUCCGAGGGCAUCUUCAUUGACUUUGGCCGGGGCCGCGCGGGCCGGCAGAGCAUGGUCUGAGGCCCCGCGUGUGCCAGGGGGUGCUGGGGGCACGCCUCACUCCGCCUCUCGCUCCCUGCUGCCCUCAGCCAUGCUGCGGCCUCUGCUGGACCAGCCGACUGCUCCCCAGCGGUCAAGCACCGGCCCUCCACCUGGGGCGCGGGCAGUGCCCCUGCCUCGCACGGGCCGCCCCGCGCGCACUGGAUGUCCUCACUCCACCCCGCCCCUGGCGUCCACGCUGCGGACACUGUGAGCCCAGUGGCUCAGCCAGGCCCAGGACGACCCCCACAGCAAGAGGGGUCCUACUAGCCUGCCCCCCCACAUUAUCAGGCCAUGGCGCCAUCUCCUGUGUGGACCUGACUGUUCUCUGACUGUUCUAGAACCUUCUGCGGGGGGUGGGGGGGCAGGCACAGGAAGAGGGAGGAAUAAAGCGUGUCUACCCCACUCCUGAGUCCGCUCUCCUGCCCA